AUGUCGACAGAUUCCGGGUCGGAUUACUUUGAUGAUGACGAUUUCGUAGUGCCCGGAACCCCCGAUGAGCCCCCACGUCCCGUAAAACGCCGCCGUACUCGGGAUCGCGGGAAAGAGCGUGAAGCUCAAGAUGAUGGUUCUUCGAUCGACUCCUUCUCUGAUACGGAGGACGACGAGUUACCCUCCCGGCGCCGAGAAUCGCCUCUUGGUUUCGAACAAUAUCAGGAACGCCCCAAAAUUAAGAGCUGUGUACUGAAGCAAGCCAGUGUCCAAAAUGACAUGUUCGUCACACAACUUACACAACCCUCCUCCAGUCCAGAACGAAUACGCGGCGCGCGAUGGCAGAAGCCUGUCCCAAAUCUCCCUCCGCAAAACUUUGAAAAUAGAAAACAAGAUGGUGGUGGUGGACAAGAGAAUCGUUAUUCCCAUGAUGAUGAUGAGGAGUUGAUGGCCGCUAUCGCAGCUUCCUUGGAUUCAUUUGAGGAGGAGAAAACAACCAGAGCGGUAAUUCAGCCGUUGAGUGUAUCAACCAAUACUGCUCCGGGGAAGUGUGUCCCGCCGGCAAAAACAAACACGCCUGUCUUAGCAGAUGUUCCGUUUGAGCUGGAGGACAUACCUGAAGAUGCAUUUGAUUCUUCACCAUCAUUAUCACCAGUAGCACGACCAGUCCACCCUGCAACUCCGCACUUCAGUCAAACGAGAGGCCCAAUUCGGCAACAAAAUCUCAGACAAAGCACAUUAUUUGGCAUGGUUGCUCCCAACCCCGAAGUUUCGGUACCACGCCAACAAGACUGGGGCCAGUCAGAGAAGAUUGAGCCACCGACGCAACACAAACUUGUCAAAGAUACUUUGGAUACAUGGCUCUAUCCCACGAAUCUGGGCAAGACCAGAGAUUACCAGUUCAACAUCACUCAGGCGGGCCUGUUUCAUAAUCUACUCGUGGCCUUGCCAACGGGUUUGGGAAAGACAUUCAUAGCAGCUACAAUUAUGCUCAACUGGUUUCGCUGGACGAAAGAUUCGCAAAUUAUUUUUGUAGCACCAACGAAACCCUUGGUUUCGCAGCAGGUAUCGGCCUGUUUGGAUAUUGCUGGAAUCCCACGCUCAGAGUCGACCAUGCUUACGGGAGGAGCGUCACCGGGUAUUCGCGCCGAAGAGUGGAAAUCAAAGCGCGUGUUUUUUAUGACACCGCAAACACUGAUCAAUGAUCUUAAGACUGGAAUCGCCGAUCCCAAGCGAGUGGUGUUGUUGGUCGUUGAUGAAGCUCAUCGCGCGACGGGUGCGUAUGCAUAUGUCGAGGUGGUCAAAUUCCUUCGGCGGUUCAACAACAGUUUUCGCGUGCUUGCACUUACGGCAACUCCGGGCUCAACGGUUGAAUCGGUGCAGGCGGUCAUUGAUGGCCUGGACAUAGCACGUGUCGAAAUCCGUACGGAGAACUCAAUUGACAUUCGCGAGUACGUUCAUGCUCGCAAUAUCGAAAUCGAAACUUUUGAAAAUUCAGAUGAAAUGGUCUUCUGCAUGGACCUGAUGUCUGCGGCCUUGCAGCCCUUGCUCGACCAGCUCCGGACUCUCAACGCCUAUUGGGGGCGUGACCCUAUGGGGCUGACUGCGUACGGUCUCACAGUGGCGAGGCAACAAUGGAUGCAGUCCGACGCUGGUCGGAAUGCCAAUUUCGGCUUGAAAGGCAAAGUCAACUCCAUUUUCACUGUUCUUGCUAGUUUGGCCCACGCUAUCGAUCUUCUCAAAUUCCAUGGAAUCGUGCCAUUCUACCGCCAUGUCAUCCAUUUCAAAUCAAGCUCCGAGGGACAGAAAGGCGGUGGCGGCAAAUACCAAAAGCAAGUUGUGCAGGAUGAGAGUUUCAAGAAAUUACUCAACCAUCUCGAACCAUGGAGUAAGAAUCCAGAGUUCAUUGGCCACCCCAAAUUGGAAUAUCUUAAGUCAGUCAUUUUGAAUCACUUUAUGGAUAGGGGCGAAGGAAAAGAGUUGCCUGAUGGCACUAGUCAACCUGCGACUCGUGUCAUGAUCUUUGUGCAUUUCCGUGAUAGUGCCGAAGAGGUCACGAGAGUGCUCAAGAGAUACGAGCCCAUGAUUCGGCCUCAUGUCUUUGUGGGUCAAUCAAGCGCUAAAGGCUCUGAGGGCAUGGACCAGAAGACACAGCUCAGAAUAAUUGAGGAUUUUAAGAAGGGCACAUACAACACAAUCGUUGCUACUUCGAUUGGCGAGGAAGGAUUGGAUAUUGGAGAGGUGGAUCUUAUCGUGUGCUACGACUCUUCCGCAUCACCCAUUCGCAUGUUGCAGCGCAUGGGUCGAACAGGCCGUAAGCGGGCCGGUAAUAUCACUCUGCUAUUGAUGAAAGGGAAAGAAGAAGACUCCUACAUCAAGGCCAAAGACAACUACGAAAAGAUGCAACAAAUGAUUGCCUGUGGCUCCCGAUUUACCUUCCAUGACGAUCGUUCUGCACGCAUCUUGCCUGCAGGCGUCCGUCCAGUGCCCAAUAAACGACAUAUCGACAUACCCCCGGAGAAUUCACAACAAGAACUGCUGGAGCCGAAACGCAGAGGGCGAGCACCAAAGCGACCUGCCAAGGUGUUCCACAUGCCCGAUGAUGUGGAGACAGGGUUUACUCGAGCCUCGACUUUGGCUGGCGACAAACCCCAGAAGAAAGCCACGGCGCCCAAAAAGGCUGCCACUCCCAAAAAGAGACCCCGGACCCCAACACCCGAGCCCGUGGAUGUUCCGUCAUUGGAGGACGUUGUUCUUAGCAAGAGUGAGCAAAAUGAUCUUGAAAAUCAUUACCAGAACAUCGGUGCUACUUCUCCUCAGUUCAUCCGAUUUCCUCGCAAUGAUGCCUUUCCACGUCUGCAGCUCAUUGAAAGACCUACAAAGGAUGUUAAGCACGGGUCUCUCACGCGGCGCAUGGUAAAAGCCUUACAAAAGAUGCACGAGGCCGGUCCUGACUGUGCCCAUCGCUUCAAAGAGAUCUUGGCCCGUGAACCCCCUUCGUCAGACGAGUCCAGUCAAGCGUCCCGGAGAAAUUCAACCAAGAAACAUCACCGCAGCGAACGGCCCCCGAAAACGCCGUCUAAGAAUAGUGCCCGAUGGGCCCCUACCAAGGCCACCGCAAAACCCGCUGGCGGGGGAGGUUGUUUCUUUGGUGUCUCCAGAGCGUGA